GCCUACGAAGACGUCCGCGGCGCGGCCCAAGUGGUCGCGCUGCGGGUGCGGAAGGAGCGCGUGCCGAACGCGCGCAUGCUCGUGCUGGCCGUGGACUACCGCGUGCCGGCCGCGCCCGGCGAACCGCUGUCCGGCAGGUUCCGGAACACCGUCCCGUACAGCGACGCGUACUACCUGUUCGUUUUCGACGGCGCGAGGCCGUCCGCCGAAAACGCGGCGCCGACGAGCGGUGAAGACGGCGACGGCGGACGGUCGUGGCGGACGCCUCGCACCGAGACCGACCGCGCGGACGUCGCCGAAUGGUAUUCGAUCAAAGCGUCGUCGUCGUAAUCGUAUCUGCCCGCCCCUUCGUCCGAAGGCACACGUUUUUCGCUUACAAUUCUUCGUCCAGUCUUGAUCUGUUAAUCACCACGCUGUUAACAACUGCUCGUUAUUGUCUUCCACCGUUUGAUAUUUAUAAUCAAUCAAUCGAUUAAACAUUGCGCACCCGGCCACAGCGGUACUACGGUCGUCCCCUUAAACGAAUCGAAAUUUGGUCGUCCUCAGUGCCCCCUCCCACAUAAAUACGGCUCCGACUCGACCGGUGUACGAGACGACGUAACAGUCGACGUGGACGUGUAACGAAACCGUGACAUUGUAAAUAUGCCGUAUUUCGGUUUAUUUUUUUGCUGUAACACCGUCGAUUGUAUUAAAUGUGUUUUUGUUUAUAUUUCGAUACAUGUUUCGCGUGUCCAGUGCAUCAAACGAAUAUGUACCCAUUGCCGUUCCCCUCGCGGAAAUAAUAAAUAGAUAAAUAGAUAAUUAAAUUAUUUGGUUUUCUAUGCGACUCGCAGCGUUAAGGAGUACAAAUAUUCGUAUUUCAACGACGUUUUUAUGUUUAGAUAGAAAGUUUAAGAAUAUUUAUUCGUCGUUUCGUUAUUGUAGAAAUAAUUGAAGACACUUAUUCAUUUUGUAAAUUCUGAACAUUUAUUCUUUUAUUUUAGUUUACUGAAAAAUAAUGUUUUGAAAUUAUCAAAAAAUGAGUUAAAACAUACUCGUCUUAUCAAAACGAUAUUAUUUUCAAUACGAUUUCUUUUUAAUAAAAUAAAAAUUUAUGUUUUUCAUCGUUGUACCAAAACAUAAAACGUUAAUCAAAAUAUGAAUACCUAUUUAUAAUCCGCACCUUUGUGAGACAUAUUAUAAAACACGCAAUGUAAUAUCACAAUGGGUAUAUCCUCGUGGGACACUUUGUAUGAUACACGUAUUACAUUUUAAAACUUAAAUAUAUGUGUUAUAUUUUA